AUGCCGAAUUGGAAAGAUCUUUUCGCCAAUCGGGAGCGACGCUCAUUCCCCGAGGUUGUGGUUCCCUUAGCCCAUGGUUCGCCUCCGAAAGCAAAUGACAACCAGGACGAUGACUCCAACAGUGGUCUCGACAGGGCAUCUUCCCAGGAGAAGGGUGCCGCUGGUACUCGUGCAGGUAGCACACUGACUCUGGAAGCUCUUAGGGCAGAAGUUGAAGCCGACAUUCAUGCUUCAGGCCAUGACACUGCUUACGAUAGGAAGGCAAAAGUGAUCAACAGAGCAGUCCAGGAUAUUGGUAUGGGACGCUAUCAAUGGGGUCUUUUUGUGCUUUGUGGAAUGGGCUGGGUUGCAGACAACCUUUGGCUACAGGGAGUUGCACUCACUUUAACGCCCAUUUCCAAAGAGUUUGGUAUCUCCGAGAAUGAAUCUCGCUUUGCAACAUGUGCUCUCUUCGUGGGUCUUAUUGUUGGUGCCUCUUUUUGGGGUAUUGCUUCCGAUGCCAUUGGACGCCGUCCGGCUUUUAACAUGACUCUUUGCAUUUGCGGUACCUUUGGUCUCGCCGCUGGAGGUGGACCUAACUGGAUUGGCACUUGUGCAUUAUAUGCUUGCUUGGGUCUGGGUGUCGGCGGAAACCUGCCCGUGGAUGCGGCUGUUUUCCUGGAGUGCUUGCCUCCCAACUCAACCAAUAUCUUGAGUGGACUUGCCACAUGGUGGUCUGUCGGUACACUGAUUGCUAGUAUGCUUGCCUGGGCUUUCAUCCCAAGCAAUUCUUGUGAGAGCUUUGCAACCUGUACCAAGGCAAACAACUUUGGCUGGAGAUACCUUGUUUUGACGCUAGGCGCCAUCACCUUCGCCAUGUUCCUUUGUCGAUUCUUCCUUUUUACACUGUACGAGUCGCCAAAGUUUUUGGUUUCGCGUGGACGUCAAGCCGAAGCCGUAGCUGCAGUCCAAGGAAUUGCCCACAAGAACAAGACUACUACCUGGCUUACCGAAGAAAUAUUGAACGAAAUUGGUGGAUACCCCGAGGAGGCUAAGGAGAAGCAGUCUUUGUCUACCGGAGAAAUCAUCAAAAGGUCCCUUGAAAGAUUCUCUGUCCAACAAAUCAAGCCCUUGUUCCGAACAAAGCGUCUUGCCGUUUCGACUAUCCUGAUUUGGUUCUGCUGGACAUGCAUUGGAAUGGGCUACACUUUGUUCAACGCAUUCCUUCCUCAAUAUCUGAGCGCCAACUCUUCCACCUAUAUUACCUAUCGCAACUACGCCAUUACUGCUGUCUGUGGAAUUCCAGGCCCACUCCUUGGCUGGGUCACAGUUGAUAUCAAGUAUAUUGGCCGCAAGGGCACUAUGGCAGUUUCCACCCUAAUCACGGGUGUCCUCCUAUUCUGCUUCACAGCUACCAAAGAUCCCAACAUUCAACUCGUGUGCUCUUGUCUUGAGUCUUUCUUCCAAAUGAUCAUGUACGGUGUGCUGUAUGCCUACACUCCCGAAGUUUUCCCCGCACCAAACAGAGGCACCGGAUCUGGAAUUGCUAGCUGCUUGAAUCGGAUCGCCGGUCUUAUGGCCCCGAUUAUCGGUAUCUAUGCUAGCACCGAUCCCAUUGCGCCAAUUUACGCCGCUGGCGCGCUCAUCUUGGCCUCUUUUGUGGCGAUGAUUUUCCUGCCAAUCGAAACCCAAGGAAAGCAAGCUAUGUGA